AUGGGAAGUAGGUUUGAGGCCUUAGAUGGAGAUGACGUUCUCGUAUCGGAACAGGUAAUCCAACCGCACAAUGUUCCUAAAGACAGACAUAAGCUACGAAAAAGAGUAUCGUUGAUUUGCUCAUCAAUUGCAGCAUUAGCAUCAGGGACGCCUUAUCUAUAUGGAGUAUAUUCUCCGCAAUUAAUUAAUCGGUGUGGCUUCACGGCAAUUGACUCCUCGUAUCUUUCAUUUGGAGGUAACAUUGGGUCUUCCAUUGGCGGAUUUUUAGCUGGAUUAAUCAUUGAUGCAUUUGGUGUUAAGGCUGGUCUUUUACUGGGUGCAUUUCUUCAAUUCUCAGGAUUCUUCACUCUAUAUAUCAACUUCAAAAACGAGUGGCAUUAUUUCAUACAAUUGCUAUUUGCAAUGUGUUCGAUAGGUUUUGGUUCGGUCUUGUCAUAUUUUGCAACUAUCAAGGUUGCAACAUUGAAUUUUCCUAAUCAUCGAGGCUUGGCAAAUGCGUUCCCUGUUAGCUCUUACGGUUUGGCAGCGUUGUUUUAUGCUUUUGUUUCCACAUUUUGGUUUACGGAUAAUGUAGAAGGGUUGCUAAGGUUUAUAGCUUGUUUUUCCGGUAUCCUCAUUUCAAUAUCCAGCAUUUUCAUCUGUAUUUAUGAGAAUGGCGAUGAGGGCGACGAGGACGAUGAACAAAUAGAUACAGGUGGUCACUACAACACAAUGGAUUCUUCUGCCUAUAAUGAAGAGGAUGAGAGACGGGGCCCAGAGACCAGUAAAAACGAGAUGGAAGUUGGGAUAGAAUACUUGCUUAAAGGCCAUAGAGGAUCAUUUGCACAAAUAAAUAACUUUAAUAGGUCUGAUUCCUCGAGCUCUUUGUUUUCAGAUAUGACUGGGGCUUCUUCUAUGGUGAGUACUUCCGCCUCUAGUUCUUCAAGAUUGCCACCGAAUUUUACUACGAGUGCCACAAAUAUACCAAUCCAAAAUAGUUCCAAUUUUAUUAGAUCAGACAGUCUCAACAAAAAAUCGGUUUCUAGCUCCGAAGUAUCUUCUUCUCCUUUUGAUCUUCGGGUGCAGAGAAAUCACUACAGAGCUGGUUCUUUUAAGUUGUCAUCUUCGAUUAACAACUCACCUAGAAAUGCGAGGGGAUUUGGUAGUUUUAGUAACUUAAAACAAUUUAAAGAUAACCCCAAUGUAAGCGAAGAUUUAUCAUUAUCAAUCGAACGAUCAGCUUCUUCAACUCCCGAGACAAAUCAAUCUAGCAAUAUCCUUCCUCAAUCGUUAUGUGAGAUUCAAUCCUCCCCUAUGGCUUCGGAUUCUGACGUUGGUGGCGCAAAACCCCAUGGAUUAUAUGAUGCAUCACAGUUUGUUCAGUCGAAUACUACGCAAAAGGCAAGUCCAAAUAAAAGGAAACGUCACAAAAGAAAAACUACUACUAAGGAACACAUUACCCAGUUGUUUCGCAACCAACUAUUCCUAUCUCAUUAUAUUUUGAACGCAUUUUAUUGUGCUAUUGGCCAGGUUUACAUCUUCAGUAUUGGAUUUAUUGUAAGAGCACAAGUUAAUUAUUAUAAUAUGCAUAAACCCUCUGAAAUUACGUUUAUACUACAACUGGCUGAGAAAUUGACUGUCCCGCACAGAAAAGAAAAUGCGACCCCUUCAAAUCUAGCGGUAGCAUAUCAAGCGUUGCAAGUUAGUAUAAUUUCAUUCUCUAAUUUUCUUGGUAGACUAAUAUCGGGCCCAACAUCCGAUUUGAUCCAUAAAAAGAUGAAAAAGAGUAAAAUAUACGUUUUAGCUGUUUCCACCAUAAUCAUGGGAUGUGGUCAGGUAUCACUUGUUCUCUCAAAUAAGCUGGAUCUUUUAUCUUUGAUUUCAUUCUCCAUAGGGUUAGCGUAUGGUGCAAUCUAUGGUACAAUGCCUUCUAUUGUUGCAGAUUCCUUUGGUGCAAAAAACUUUGCGACAACUUGGUCACUAUUAGGGACUGGCCCCAUCACUAUUUUUUUGUUAUUAAGUAACUACUUUGGCAGUAUUUAUGAUGAAAAUAGUGAAUGGGGAUAUAUAGGUGACGACAGAAUAAAGAUGUGUUUGCUAGGUAAGAAUUGCUAUUCUUCAGUUUUUACUUUAACCUCAUUGAUUUGUUUGAUGAUCUUCAUUUUUUAUAAUGUGUUGAUUCAGUACUCAAAGAAGCAGUAA